CACCUCCUACCUUGAAAUCAACCCUGACAGGCCGGUUUAUACCGCCGACCCUGGUAUCCAGUUUCAGUGAAUGUUUAUUCCUAGACCUGGUACAACGUGUUAUUCCUUGCAGGCCACAUUACAACCUAAUCAAUAAAUCAUGAGCUGGUUCCCCCUUGUUCCCAAGGGGAAGUUAGAUGCAGCGGAAGAGCUGGCGAGAAAAGAGUCCAGGCGAACCAAUGACGCGCUGAAACGUGUAAAGGAACAGGAGGAAAGAGCAAAAACACUUGAGGAAGAAAUGCAAAACCUGCAGUUCGAGAAAGAAGAAAAGGGAACGAGAGAUAAAACAAUGAUGCAGUUUUCAUGGGGACCAAAAAACAAGGCAGCAGGCCAGCAGAGAGAGAGAGAGAGAGUCAUCGUGCGUCUUCGUCAGUAUACCGCUGACCAGUCAUAUGUCUAUUUACAAUAAUGAAAUCAGUUUGUAUGCCAUUUGCAAUAUCGCCCCACACCAUGACACUGCCUCGAUACCGGUCAGGAAGUGUGGUCGUGCUCGCCUGUUUUUGUCAUCUUGCAGGUAAAAAUGUCUGCUGGUACUUCUGUCUGAACGACAGGACGCAAAAUGUCGUCAAUUACCCACUCACCAGUCGAAAGUCGAUUUACAAUAAUAAUCAAAUCAGUUCGCCUUUCAUUUAUGAUACUGCCCCACACUUAGACACUGCCUCCAUACCGAUCAUACCGGGUAGGAAAUGUGACCAUGGCAUAUUGCUCGCCGCUACGUUACCAACAACGUAUUCUGCCAUGCAUGAAUCGGGGGCAAAACCUUGAUUAGUCUGACAACAAGGCCGCAACGCCAUUGGCGCACAACCCGUGGUGUUGCGGAGCUCACUCAAAUAUGUGCCGCCUAUUGUGAACUGUUAGGGUCUCACCCUUCAGGCGGAUUGCAUGGAGCCAGUUUUUCAUGGUAGAUUUGCCUGCCUGUUAUUGUACUGAUAACAGAAGCAGAUUUGAUUCCAUUGCAUAGCGCAAUUUAUGCAGUGAUGAUCUUGUCUAGAUGUCAUCUUUUUAAGCCUGUCACGCGAAAGACUCCAUGCGAUUAGCGGUACCUGUCCUUCAGUUGAGAAAUGAGAUUUUAUAUUUAUCUUGUAAACAUUUGUGCAACUUGGGGUAAUGAUGUCCCUGCUAUCUUUCCCACCAACAAAUCGCCAUUUUGUCGGUUCAUUGAUUGUGAGUUCCCCUAUAGGCGCACAACCUUUGGCUUCUCUGUGCACGAGCUGUUAGAUUUGUGUAUUUACAAUUUCCUUGUGAUUAGAUGUUGCGACCAGAUGCAACGCACUGGUAUUGUAACGAUAGCUUCCUUCAAAUCCUUAGUUUCCUUUUUUGUCAGUGGAACAUGUUUGUGUCUAUCUUGCUUUCAACUGAAUACAUUUCAGGAGUUUGAACAACUCCAAAAGAAAUUCUUUAAACACUUGAAAGACCCGGAAGAGAAGGUGAUACAUGCGAAGAUCCUGAUAUUUGGUCCUACCGGUUCUGGAAAGUCCUCCUUCUGCAAUGGCCUGAGAUCAGCACUGAAGGAUUCUGACACACCUGCCACCUAUUACGCCGUUGGUAAUAUCGGCACCACACUUACUAGCAGAUUCCAGUCUACUCAAUAUGGGGACCACUGGAUUAUUGACAUGCCAGGAAUAUUUGAAUCCAGUGUUUUCAAAACGGAGACAAUUGAAGCUAUUGCAUCCGGCAAGGUUCGCUUUGAUGCCCAGAUAACUAAAACUCUGGAGGUGGAAGACGGCCAAUGUCAACAAAAGGCACGAAGGGAUGUGUCAUGUGUUGUUCUGGUACUCCAUCAUAACAUCGAUUUGGGAGAAGAAUUGAAACGUCAGCUAGAUGUCAUCAUAAAAUUAGGGGGAGAUGGUGCCCUGUCCUACCACCUGGUGCUGACUCACCUGGAUGAGUGUGACCCGCAGUUCAAGGACCCAGAUAAUCUCCCUAACCUGUACACUUCCCCUCUAGUACAAGAAGCUGUGAAGAACAUGUCAGAACAAACUGGCAUUCCAGCGUACGCCAUCAGCUACGUCAAGAAUUAUGUGACGGAAACAGAAACAGACACCAAGACCAAGCUGCUUCACCUGAGAGCUCUUGACAGAAUCCUCACCUCUGCAGCUGAACAAGUGGAGAAGUUGAUAGAUUUAAAACGUCAGUCGAGCAUGUAUGAUGAUGCCCCUGACGCCUAGGAGAGGAAGCUGCAUCUGCCGGUUGAGAUAUGUGUGUCCGCUGUGGUAUAUAUGUCUGCCCAGCGAAUGUAAAACUAUGCUGUGUUAUGUAAAUAGAGGCGCUCGCGCAUUAUAUUAAUUAGUGUUCUUCACCAUGGACAUCAUGGUGUCUUCAAAUAUUAAAUAAAAACGAGUACGUGCAUUGUAUUAUCAGAAGAUAACGGAAACAACAUAUAGAUUUUUUCAAAACUCCACAAGACAGUUGUUAAUACAAAACUUCGACCAAACACAUAUAAUUAUGAAAGGAUGUGAUGUUUGUGACAAAACAUUCUAAACUCUGGAGUACAUCAAAUGUAAAUAGAUAAACAGUUUGUAACGCUACAGAACUACUAUGCAUUGGAAAAUAAAUCACCAGUUUGACCGGUCAGGCAUUUAAAGUCAUAAUAAACAACACUUGGACAACCAGUAGAUAGUCUAAUCUGAUGAGAGUAGUAUUUGUAGGUUGUGACGUCUUGUGAUGAUUUGUAGUUCUGCUUCAGUCAGUGUUCUCGUGAUGCGUAUGAAAUAGAUAUGCACCAUUUAGGUUAUUUACGCUCUCUGCAACAUAUUCUCAUGAUAUGCUUUUACACCUUAUUCAUUAUAGCCAAACUUUUUAAGACAUCGGACCGAGCGAAAGCAGUUUCAGAAGAAUGGAGAUACCCUGUCCGAUGUCACAUGCGUUUUCGGCUCCGCAUUAUUACACCUGUCGGGGUAUAUAGUAUUCUUUUCCGUUAGGGUUCAAGUUUCCAGACUAAUAGGAGAAGUGCAAAGUUUGAUUUUAUUAUUUUGAUUUUCUGAAACAUCGUAGCUAUUUUUCGUGGGUUUUUUUUAACUUAGGAUAUGUUUCUAUACCAAUUGGAGAACUGUAGUGAAAGUUUGGUUUCGAUAAGUGGAUUUUCUACGAAAAUGUUUUGUACUUUGAAACACGUAGGAGUCGAAGUCGUGGGUACUAGUGAGCCCUGCACACCUUUUGCCUUGAUCCGUAUGGCAGCCACGAAUGAUGUAAAAUGUGUUCAUGUAUUAAUGUUUUAUGUAUUAAUGUUUAAUGUGAACCUGUUCAUAAAGGAUGAGUGCAUUCAUGAGUGUAUUCCAAAAGUCUUCUUUCUCCAUAAAAGAGGAAAAUAAGUGAUUAUUACGGCAUGUAUAUACAAUUUCACUCCAUGAAUGAGUAGUAACGUGUGCUGUUUACAAGUCAACGAGAAAUAACCAUGAUCCAUGAUCACAUGCUGUUGUAUUUUGACAACUGAUGGCUACGAUCUUUCUUGUAACUAACGGGAUUUUGUAUUAGAAGACUAGAAGUGUUAACGCAAGUAUUAAACAUGUUUUGAGCAUUUGUUAUAAGGAUGGUGUCAACGUAAACUGUUUGUGCUUCUAUGCUCAUCGAUGUGUGUAUGAUUUUAAGUAAAGCUUUCUUGUUAUAAUCACAUUAUGUAAUGCUGCUGUUAGUCGUUUGGGCUUGUUGUAUACUUGUUCUUUCAAUAAAUACCAUUAGAAAAAUG